CAAACUUUUGACUGGUGGUGUAUGUAAAUAAGGUAUUUCUGUUUUUUUUGUUUUUUUUGCUUUGUCAUUAUGGGGUAUUGUGUGUAGAUUGAUGAGGAAAAUGUUUUUAAUCCAUUUUAGAAUAAGGCUGUAAUGUAACAACAUGUGGAAAACGUCAAGCGGUCUGAAUACUUUCUGAAUGCAUCAUAUGCUCUUAUCCAUAGCAACUUACAGGAGCAAUUAGGGUUAAGUGAGUCGCUGAAGGGAACAGACAUAUUUUUCACGUAGUUGACUCAGGACUUCAAACCAUCUACCUUUCAGUUACUGGCCUUGUCUUCCUCACUCCUUGCAUCCUCUCUCCACGACUCUUCAACAUUCAUUGAAGGUGAAUGUGAAUUCUGACAUGGCAUGUAGUACUGACAACAUGUUUCUCAUUGGCCUCUUUAUGUCAGGUGUUUUGGCCUGUUUUGGCCAAAGACAUUUGAUCACCACAAUGCCAGAGAAAUUGGAUGUACUGAGUGGCUCCUGUGUUCAAAUCCCAUGUGCAUUUGAUGUUCCUCAAGAUUGCUCUACAUUUAACAGCACAGUAAUUACCUCCGGAGUGUGGAUUAAAGAAUCACCGUACUUUGGUGGCAGGCUGAACAUUGUGAUAUUUAACAGUAGUAAGACAUACAACACCUAUCAAGGGAAGAUAACUGUAAACAUGUCCUGGAAGGACUGCACCACAGUCUUCUUCAAUGUAACCUCCAGUUACACUAACAGCUACUUCAGAAUUGAGAGUAGACCAUUCAGCGCAACAGACCCUGAGAAGUCUGUUCUUAUAGUUGUCAGAGAUUUGCCUCUCAGACCCAAGAUUACUGUCUCAGGUGAGAUGAAGGAAGAGAGGCCUGUCAGUUUGAACUGCUCUGCUGCAGCUCCCUGUCCCAAACACUCUCCUAAACUGACAUGGACUCUCCCAACCCUGUUUACACCUGAGAACCAACUGCAAGAGAAUUCAGAUCAAACCAAAUCUGUUCUCUCCACGGUGACAUUCACUGCUUCACACCUUCAUCAUGAGAAGAACAUCACUUGUACUGCAGUCUACCCAGUAGGAACAAGCAACAAGACAGCUGAACAUACCAUGACGCUUAACGUUUUAUUCUCUCCGAAAAACACCUCAGCCUCCCUCAGUCCAGCUGAUCCAGUAUCAGUGGGCAGUUGUGUGAAUCUGACCUGCAGCAGCACAGCCAACCCUCCUGUGACAAACUUCACCUGGUUCCAGAUUUGUGGGGGUAAACCAACACAGGUAGCAUCUGGACAGACCUACACCAUCAAUGAGACUGUUGGUGAUGGAGGGAUGUACUACUGUGAAGCAAGAAAUGAUCACGGCAUUGAGAAGUCAAUGAAAGUGCUUCUAGCUAUUGAAGGGCAAGAAGAGCCUCUUAUCCCAAGGGUUUUGGGAAUUGCAGGAGCAGGAGGAACCAUGUGAGUAAUUUUGCUAAUCAUCCUGAUCACUUUCUUUGGAUGGAAGAGAAAAUUUAGGCUCCCUGAUGGACUUGAAAGGACAGACAAUCCACUGGGACAGAACUCCCCAGUUGGGAUGGUGUAUACUAAUCAGGCCAUGACCGGAGAGGAACCAGAGGAACCAGCAGAAGACCAGCCUGAGGAGAUCCACUACGGUGAGAUAGACUUCUCCAAACUUCGGCCCAAAGAGACACCAGCUGUAGCCCUGGACAGGGAACAGGGGCAGGAGAGUGAAUACGCUGAAGUCAGUGUGACUGGGAGAGGGGCCCAGGAACCUCCAGUUAAAACUACUUCAGUAUCGGUGUCCGUUCCACGGGACGGUUGAGCUAACGUAGGCUAAUGCGAUUAGCAUGAGGUUGUAAGUAACAAGAACAUUUCCCUGGACAUAGACAUGUCUAAUAUUGGCAGAAAGCUUACAUUCUUGUUAAUCUAACUGCACUGUCCAAUUUACAGUAGCCAUUACAGUGAAAGAAUACCAUGCUAUUGUUUGAGGAGAGCGCACAAUUUUGAACAUAAAAAGUUAUUAAUAAACAAAUUAGGCACAUUUGGGCAGUCUUGAUACCAUUUUUUUUACAGAAAUGCAAUGGUUCAUUGGCUCAAUCUAACAUUUUGCACAUACACUGCUGCCAUCUAGUGGCCAAAAUCUAAAUUGUACCUGGGCUGGAAUAAUACAUUAGGCCUUUCUUUUGCAUUUCAAAGAUGAUGGUACAAAAAAAAAAUACAAAAUAACUGUUUUUUUUGUCUUUGUAGUAUCUUUUACCAGAUCUAUUGUGUUAUAUUCUCCUACAUUCCUUUCACAUUUCCACAAAUUUCAAAGUGUUUCCUUUCAAAUGGUACCAAGAAUAUGCAUAUCCUUGCUUCAGGGCCUGAGCUACAGGAAGUUAGAUUUGGGUAUGACAUUUUAGACUAACAUUGAAAAAAAGGGGCAGAUCCUUUAACAACCUAGAUGGGGUCUAUGCACAAGUGAAUAAGAAAAGUGCAUUUUAAGCAUUUUGCCAAUGGAUAUUAAUUAUUUUUAUGGGCAGUAUGUAUUUUGUAAUUGUUUUCUAUUAGUAUUUAGUUGUUAUAUUCACCAUUUUGGUCUCUUUGAUUAUUUGCAUAUUUGUAGAAUUUUCAAGGAUGAAAAGUGUUUAACUGUUACUACAGUGGUGGUUGGAUGAUACUCUCUAUUUUAACCAAUUUAUUUCGAGUACUGAUUUCACAGAGCAUCUGUUUAAUGAGUUCAACUACUGAAGGCAGUUUAAGGCCAUAUAAAGUCAAUGAUGACUGAGGAAAGAAGAAACACAAUUAGUUGGAAAGACAAUGGCCUGAUGCAAGACAGGAAGUUGGUGAAGUAAGUGUACAUUUCCAGACUGAUGAUAAAAUCUACUGGUCACUAUUCUUCUUUUACUUCAAUGCAGUUUCCGGAAUAACAAAUGUUCUAUUUUUUAAUGUCUAUUUCAAUGUUGUACUCAUCAGUUUUUAUGUUGAGCAAGAGAAUAAAUUGAGGCUGAAUUUGAAGUUUAUUAAUUGCAUUGUAAUAAAAACCUUUACAUUUAA